CAACAACCUCACAGCAAGUCCCCUUCACCUACCCACGCCCACACAUACACACAAACCAUAUCAGACGAACCUACCUCUCUUCAUCUCUCCACAAGCAGUCUGCCUCAGAGCUCCAGCACACCUACCCUUCCGCCAUCAUCAUCAUACUAUUUCGUUUACAGGCCGUCAUCACCUCACCACCACCAUGUCUUCCUACUCCCCAACGCAGUUCUACUCUGGGACUCUUCCCAUGCCCGUGCCCAACAAGGGCCAGCACUACCCAACCUAUUAUCACUCAGAGAGUACCUACUCCGUCUCCCCUCCCGAGGCCGACGCGUCUGUGAGCUCCGGCUCCGCCGUCCCCUCGUACAGCAACUCUGGCUACUCAGCCACCGCCAGCUAUGCCUGUAGUAGCCAUGGUGACUACGAGUCAGAGCGUUCCGCCAGUGGCGUGGACUUCAAUGAGUACAUGCACGAGCACUUGGCUAACGCCUUCGACCCUCUCCCUCUGGACAAGGCCGUGGCUACGCAAGCACAGACUUCUGGUCGUCUCAACGCCAAGCACCGCGAGCUCCUGGAGCUGCAGAAGCAGGCGCAGGCCCGCCUCGCCAGGUCGCGGGCUCGCUUUGCUGAGGGUAUGGAGGAUGCGCGCGAAGUGCGCCAGAAUCUCGAAUGGACGCAGAAGAAAGUCUCAUCUCUGAAGACCAAGGCGUCGAAAAAGCACGGCAAGGAGUACAGCAAGGCCCGCGCUCGAUACCCGUCUCCAGACGGUUAUUAG